GAUCCGCUUUCGGAAACUUCUACUCAUGAAGAUUUUUCUCUUCGUCGGAAUCUUGGUGGAUUUGGCUGCCAUAUAUUUCGAGAUAUUCCCAAACCUCGACAAUUCUACUCAAGAUCUAGGCGAAGCAAUCAAGAUGACGCAGACAAUCUUGCACUCAGAACGACCGGAAGGUGCCAAAACGCCAGAAUUCCACGACCUGUCUUCGAAAGAGCAGACUACUCUAAUUAUUUCACUAGUGUUCCUCGUCUACAUCAAUUUAGUUACGCAAAUGAUUCACUUGCUAAUCUUCAUCGCUUCUGUGGCCAUUUACGAGAUUGUGAACGAAACCAAAAGGAACGUUGAAAUGUUAACUCAGUCCAAAGAUAAAAUUAUGCAACUUGUCAAAAUGAAGGAGCAGAUCGGAGUCAUCAAUGACAUAAAUGGGCCCAUACUGCUCACAGUUUUCGUAAUGAUUUCAAUCCUUGGUACUUUGUAA